GGCAAGCAAAGCAAAGCGGCAGCAAAGCUCGGCGAGCGCAGCCGCCUCGUCCUCAUCCUCAUCCCCAUCCCCGCCGCGAGUAGCCCGACCAGCCCCGUCCGAGCGAGCACCCGCCGCGAGGGACCUCCUGCCUUUCCAGGUCGGCGGACGCCAUGGCGGACCCCCGCUAAGAGGCGACACUUUUCCCCCCUUCUUUCUUUGUUCUCCUCGCGGUCGUCGCGCGCGCCUUUCGCCGAGGAAGAAGCGACGAAGAGGAGUCAGCGAGGAGGCGGAGGCUGAAGGUGUUUUCAACGGAAUGGCGGACCGCGAGGCGUCGCCGAUACCGUUGGAGAUCCGAGCCCGCCUGGCGGAGCUGGAGCUGGAGCUGUCAGAGGGCGACAUCACUCAGAAGGGUUAUGAGAAGAAGAGGUCCAAGCUGAUCAGAGCGUUUGUUCCACAUGCCGGAGGGAUGGAAGGUCCCAUGUCCCACCGGGUUCCGCUGGGCCCGCCUUCUGCCGCCCGUUUCCACCGCCGGCGGACGUCGGGCACCAGAGACGAACGCUACCGGUCAGACGUACACACAGAAGCGGUCCAAGCCGUGCUAGCUCGCCACGUGGAGCGGAAAGUGGCGGUCCCCAUGCCGUCCAAACGUCGCUCCCUGGUGGUCCAAACCUCCAUGGACGCCUACACGCCGCCAGGCCUGUCGCCCCUGUGCUCAGACUCCUCUUCGGGCUCGGAGGAGGAGGCGGGCCCAUGUGAUGACAUGUCGGGCGCCGAGCACUGGAUGGGCCGCCCGUCCCAGCUUGGUCCGGCUCACCUGGGCUCAACGUCCUCCUCCUCCUCGUCAACGCAGAGCGGCGGAAGCGGCAACGCCGGGCGACUGGCCGACUCCCUCGCCCAUGCGCACAUCUCGCACUUGGCCCACUUGGCGCACAUGGGGCCGGCGCACCUUGUGCCGUCGCAUCACGGUAUCGGACACCUGUCUUUAAAGAGGAAAGGAGCGCUGAGCGUCGCUGAGAACGGCGGAUCUUUGCGGCGGUCGUGUGAGUUCGGCUCCGACAUGCUUUGGCCGCCACCGCUGGAGUCUGACGAAAACCACUCAGGCCCGCCGGACGUAACGGGCUAUUCGUCAGACUCGCCUCACUCCCACACGGAGCGGCAUCCCAUGUCCAACAUGGGUACUAUCGCCCGUAACACGCAAAAGUACGGAAACGCCGAGCGAAUGGAGACCGGCGAUGGCGUUCCGGUCAGCAGUCGCGUGUCGGCCAAGAUUCAGCAGCUCGUCAACACGCUCAAGCAACCUCGCCGGCCACCUCUACGAGAGUUUUUCGUCGAUGACUUUGACGAACUCUUGGAAGUCCAACAGCCGGACCCCAAUCAGCCACGUCCCGAGGGAGCGGAGAUGCUGCUGGUGCGAGGCGACGCCUUGGGCGUGGUCACCAACUGGCCGCCUUCGCUGGAGGCUGCCCUCCAACGCUGGGGAACCAUAUCCCCGAAAGCCCCCUGCCUCACAAGCCUGGACACGGCUGGCAAGCCCCUUUAUGUCCUCACCUACGGAAAGCUUUGGUCACGCAGUAUCAAACUGGCCUACAACAUUCUCCACAAACUGGGUAGCAAGCAGGAGCCCAUGGUGCGGCCUGGAGACAGGGUGGCCCUAGUAUUCCCCAACAAUGACCCCGUGGCCUUCGUGGUGGCGUUCUACGGCUGCCUGCUAGCCGAGGUGGUCCCGGUUCCCAUAGAGGUGCCUCUCAGCCGCAAGGACGCAGGAAGUCAGCAGAUUGGAUUCCUGUUGGGAAGCUGCGGCGUCACCGUGGCGCUAACCAGCGACGCCUGUCAUAAGGGGCUCCCCAAGAGCGCUACGGGGGAGAUCCCUCAGUUCAAAGGUUGGCCCAAGCUGCUGUGGUUCGUCACCGAAUCUAAGCACCUGUCCAAGCCGCCCAGAGAUUGGUUCCCUCACAUCAAAGACGCAAACAAUGAUACGGCUUACAUAGAGUAUAAAACCUGCAAGGAUGGCAGCGUGCUAGGCGUGACGGUGACUAGGAUUGCGCUGCUCACACAUUGCCAGGCCCUCACUCAGUCUUGUUGCUACACAGAGGCUGAGACCAUCGUCAACGUUUUGGACUUUAAGAAGGAUGUGGGCCUGUGGCACGGGAUCUUGACGAGUGUGAUGAACAUGAUGCACGUGAUCAGCGUGCCAUACUCGUUGAUGAAGGUCAACCCGCUCUCGUGGAUCCAAAAAGUCUGCCAGUACAAAGCCAAGGUGUCUUGUGUAAAGUCCAGAGACAUGCACUGGGCUCUGGUGGCCCACAAGGACCAGAAGGACAUCAAUUUGAGCUCCCUGAGAAUGCUGCUGGUGGCUGACGGGUCCAACCCUUGGUCCAUCUCGUCAUGCGACGCCUUCCUCAACGUCUUUCAGACCAAAGGCCUGCGAGCGGAGGUCAUCUGUCCUUGUGCCAGCUCGCCCGAGGCUUUGACGGUCGCCAUCAGGAGGCCGGUGGAGGACAGCAGUCAACCACCGGGUCGCGGCGUGCUAUCCAUGCAGGGUCUCAGCUACGGGGUGGUACGCGUGGACACGGAGGAACGUUUGUCUGUCUUAACCGUGCAGGAUGUCGGCACGGUAGCGCCAGGAGGCCUGGUGUGUGUGGUGAAGCCCGAAGGCGUCCCUCAGUUGUGUCAGACGGAUGAAAUCGGCGAGUUGUGCGUGUGCGCCGUCGCUACCGGCACGUCCUACUACGGACUCACCGGCAUGACCAAGAACACCUUUGAGGUGUAUCCAGUGAGCGGUAGCGGCGGACUGGUGAGCGAGUACGCCUUUGUGCGGACGGGCUUGUUGGGCUUCAUCGGACCCGGUGGUCUGGUCUUCAUCACGGGGAAGAUGGACGGACUCAUCAUGGUCAGCGGGCGGCGGCACAACGCCGAUGACAUUGUGGCUACAGCCUUGGCAGUCGAGCCGAUGAAGUUCGUCUACAGGGGAAGGAUAGCCGUGUUCUCCGUCACAGUCCUGAGGGACGAGAGGAUUGUGGUGGUGGCUGAGCAACGGCCCGACUCCACGGAGGAGGACAGCUUCCAGUGGAUGAGUCGGGUUCUGCAGGCCAUCGACAGCAUCCACGGCGUGGGCGUGUUCUGCUUAGCCCUGGUUCCGGCUAACACGCUCCCCAAGACCCCCUUGGGCGGCAUCCACUUGUCUGAAAUCAAACAGUUAUACCUGGAAGGGGGGCUGCACCCCUGCAAUGUCCUCAUGUGCCCCCACACUUGUGUCACCAACCUGCCCAAACCUCGCCAGAAGCAACCAGAGAUCGGCCCCGCCUCCGUGAUGGUGGGAAAUUUGGUGUCGGGGAAAAGGAUCGCUCAGGCUAGCGGGCGAGAUUUGGGACAGACUGACGACAACGACCAGUUCCUGUUCCUGUCAGAGGUUUUGCAAUGGCGAGCUCAGACCACGCCGGAUCACGUUCUCUACACGCUGCUCAGCUCACGGGGGGCAGUCUCCAGCUCCCUCACUUGUCUGCAACUUCACAAGCGUGCAGAACGUGUAGCAGCCUUACUAAUGGAACGAGGAGGUCUCCAGGAAGGAGACCACGUGGCUCUGGUCUACCCACCAGGUAUCGACCUAAUUGCCGCCUUCUACGGCUCGUUAUACGCCGGCUGCGUGCCCAUCACGGUGCGACCGCCGCACCCGCAGAACAUCUCCACAACACUGCCCACCGUCAAGAUGAUCGUGGAGGUCAGCCACUCGGCCUGCGUGAUGACCACGGCAGUCAUUUGCAAGCUUCUGCGCUCCAAAGAGGCCACGGCCACCGUGGACAUCAGAAACUGGCCCCCUGUCCUCGACACUGACGACCUGCCAAAGAAGAAACCUCCAGCAUUAUACAAACCCACCAACCCAGAUGGUUUGGCAUAUUUGGACUUCAGCGUGUCCACUACCGGCAUGCUAGCUGGUGUUCAGAUGUCCCAUAAUGCCGUGGGAGCGUUCUGUCGGUCGGUGAAGCUGCAGUGUGAAUUGUACCCAUCGAGAGAGGUGGCCAUUUGCUUGGAUCCGUACUGCGGACUAGGAUUUGUUCUCUGGUGUCUCUGCAGCGUCUACUCGGGCCACCAGUCCAUCCUUAUUCCACCGGUGGAGCUGGAGUCCAACCCGGCGUUGUGGCUACUGGCAGUCAGCCAGCUGAGGGUGCGAGACACGUUCUGCUCCUACAGCGUCAUGGAGCUCUGCACCAAAGGUCUCGGCUUGCAGACGGAAACCCUCAAGGCUCGCGGGCUAGAUUUGUCCCGGGUGCGGGCGUGUGUGGUUGUGGCUGAGGAGAGGCCCAGGAUGUCCCUCACGCUGUCGUUUUCCAAACUCUUCAAAGAUCUGGGAUUGCACCCGCGUUCGGUUAGCACCGCGUUUGGAUGCAGGGUCAACCUGGCCAUCUGCUUGCAGGGUACAUCAGGACCAGACCCCACCACGGUCUACGUGGACAUGAGGGCACUCCGCCAUGACAGGGUGCGUCUAGUGGAGAGAGGUUCUCCUCACAGUCUGCCUCUGAUGGAGUCUGGAAAGAUCCUGCCCGGCGUGCGAAUUAUUAUCGCCAACCCUGAGACCAAAGGCCCCCUGGGCGACUCGCACCUGGGAGAGAUUUGGGUGCACAGUGCCCACAACGGCAGCGGCUACUACAGCGGCUACGGCGAGGAGGUCCUGCAGUCGGACCACUUCAAUUCGCGCCUCAGCUUCGGGGACACGCAGACCGUCUGGGCCCGCACGGGAUACCUGGGGUUCCUCAGACGCACUGAGCUCACCGAUGCCAACGGAGAGAGACACGACGCUCUGUUCGUGGUGGGCGCCUUGGAGGAGGCUAUGGAGCUCCGGGGCAUGCGGUACCACCCCAUCGACAUCGAAACAUCGGUCAUCCGCGCUCACAAGAGCAUCAUGGAGUGCGCCGUGUUCCCCUGGACCAACCUUCUGGUGGUGGUGGUGGAACUAGAAGGCUCGGAGCAAGAGGCGCUGGACCUGGUUCCCAUGGUGACCAAGGCGGUGCUGGAAGAGCACUACCUGAUCGUGGGCGUGGUGGUGGUGACCGACAUCGGCGUCAUUCCUAUCAACUCUCGCGGCGAGAAGCAACGCAUGCACCUCCGCGACGGCUUCCUGCAGGACCAACUGGACCCCAUCUACGUGGCCUACAACAUGUAGCGUGUUUCGUGUGCGUGACCUUCGCCAGGGCGGCCUCGUGGGAAAAAAAAGCAGUGAGGAGUUUCUUGUAAAAAAUAUAAAUAUUGUACAUUGACAUAACAAUCUAUAUGGAGAGGAAACUAAAAGACCAAGGAGGUGUCUAGUAGCCCCUAUAUGCAGCCCUCUCCCCACCCCUAAAGAACCUAUGUAUGCUUGAGCGCGAAUGUGUGACAAAGGGACAUUUGCUGUGGCUUUGGUGGGAAUUUCAUCAAAGUAAGAGUGCAACAUUUCGGAAAAUAUCAAACUUGGAAACUUUCCUCGGGAACAAAAUAGGAUUUUAUACAUUUGAGGAUUAGGCCAGUGAGUUAAAACCUAGCGUAAAAAACGGAUUUCAUGCAAACUGUGAGCCAAAUUAUUUUUAUUUUUUAGUCACAAGCUUUGUCGUUAUUUGGCUUUUGUGUUGCGAUCAAUUACGGUACUGUCAUACCCUCGCAUGUGGGCGUGUUUUUUGUUCUCGCAUGGAUGUCGAAUGACAACCGAACAAAAUCCCAGCUAAGUUUCCAAUUUUGAAACAUUCCCCAUAAUUUCCCACCUUCAAUUCCCAUGGAAAUUUACUGAAAUGAUUUCGCCCCUUUACAAUUUUAGUCGUCAGGUGUUCCAGCGGAGAGGGGGGAAAAAAAGGACAAGCGCUUGGAGUUGCACAAGGGACACCCAUGACGAAGGUCAGGAAAUGAGAAAAUCAUGUUCCCGUCCUUUUUUUUUUUUUUUUUUUUUUUUGUGGUUUUCAAACUGCGGUCCCGGGACCAACGCGGGUACACGGCAUCCAUGAAAUCUUUUUAAAAAACAGUUUGAGAAGCACUAAUUUUCAUGCAAAACCUGUUACCAAGAAGCUAAAACUGUAGCAAUAGAAGACCCAAAGUUUUAUGUGGAAAGUCUUUACUAAUUGACGGCGAUAGGCGUCCAAUCCAUUUGAAGUGGGAGAACCGCCAGCGAAUGAACAUUCACAGCCUCCCAGUUCAAAUGGAUUGGACGUCUACUGACAAACUAAACAAAAACAACCACAAUUGAUUUAGCUUGCAUGACUUUUAAAAAGUGACAUUAAAAAUGUCGUACUGCAUCACAGAAAUCCUUUUUUCCCCGGUUUUAAAAUGAAGAUUUUAACUUUUUACGCUAACAUUAACUUGAAAUCACAUCGGCAGAGACUCAGUAAAAUCGUGCGGUUGCGUAUUUCACUACAAAACACUUUACUCCAUCGUAUGUGCACUAACUCAGAUGUUUUAUUCCCGUUCUAGAACAGAUGCAGAAGAAUAAAGAUGAAUAUUUAUUACAGAUAAACUUGAAUAUUGUCCGUCCAUCCCGAAAAGGUGGAGGUUUCGAUGUCGGUUAGCGCCAUUAGCAGUACGCCGCAGACUGUGAUGCAGAUUAUGUAGAAUAUUUUCAAUACAUAACAUACUCGAGUCUUUAUUUGAAGGAGGGGAGAAAGUCUUUAUGCAUAUCAGCUAGUUUAGCGGCCGUGCUUAGAAAAAGCGCGAUGAAGGACGUCCCAUCAGGUGUGUGUGCGUGUGUCUGUGUGCUAGCUCGCGUGUGUAUUGUAUGUAAAUAGUGUUGAUUUUGUACGGUACAAAUGUGUGUGACUUGUUUUGUACACAUGACUUCAAAAGACAAAAUGACACUUUUAUAAGAGUCUUCUAUUGGCUCACGUCACACUAUACAAGUGCAAUAAAGUGCUUCGAUUGGCU